GCUCACCAUCUCUCAUCCUCCACGCUGCGCCCAGCUCACGAUGACAUGGCUCAAAGAUGCUCGCAAGAGCAUCAUAAAUGGAGCACCUCUCAUGUCAGCCCUCAUUGCGCCAUUUGCCACGCUCUACGACAUUCCUGCUUUGACUCAGCCUUGGUACACGCUCAAUGGGAUCAAGAUUCAGGAUCCACAGGCAUCCCUCAUCCUCUCGGCCAUCAGUCUUGCUUGCAGUGUUGCGGCUAAUUCGCUGCUGGCUCUGCGCUUCACUGUGCGCUCACCCGAUCGAUGGCGCCACGCUUCGACGGCGUCGACGGGCAUCUGGCUCCUCAAGACGACGCUCGGCGUAGCCAACCUCAUCACAUUUGGUGCCACCAGACGUAAUGGUGCUGGCUUUGCGUAUGAUGAGGGCUUCUUCUGCUGCAUCAUGUCCACCGUUUUAAGCGGCAUUCUCACCUCCCUCCUCCUCACCCACAUGAUCGACAUGCUCGUCCGUCAGCGGCAACACGCCCCAGGUCAGCUCCAUUUAGACGGCCGUGUCUUCUUACUGGCUGAGCUGGCCCUGGUAGCAUUGAUAGCCCUUGAGGCCCUCAUCUUCAGCCGCAUCGAGCACUGGUCUUACCUCGACGGCCUCUACUUCAGCGUCGUCACGCUGCUCACCAUUGGAUUUGGCGACUUCUCUCCUUCCACCACGGCAGGAAAAAUCCUCGUCUUCCCCUUUGCAAUCGCAGGCAUCGCACUUCUUGCCAAUCAAAUUUCACUUAUCGUCUCGGUAUCGACGCGCAACAUGGCAAAGUACCGUAGACAGCUACAUGCCAUCGAAGAAGCAACCGUCGCGGACCUCGUCAAGAGGGACAACGAGCCCUAUCUCCAGGCGGAAGCCCGUCGUCUCCACCACAUCACCACGCAACAACGCGGCGCCCAGGAUCUCGUCGAUCUAGGCGCCUCCUUUGCCGUCCUCGUCGUCUUCUGGCUCGUGUCCGCCGCCAUCUACCACGCAGCUGAAGGCUGGCCAUUCGGGGAUGCCCUCUACUUCUCCUACAUCUUCUUUCUCUCGAUCGGCUACGGUGACUACUCACCGAGUUCCCCGGCAGGAAAGACAGUCUUCGUCUUUUGGGCGCUGGUGGCCGUGCCCAUCAUGACCAACUUUGUCGUCACGGCGAUCCAGUCCUUGGUGACUCACUUUUCCCGCUUCCUCACGUCAAAGACCAGCGAGAAAAGGGAAGAGUGGGAAGAGGUCAUGGCCGACUACUUUGUGCCGCAUCCUGCCCUCAUCUCGCAGGCAAAGGAGCGACUCGACGUGCUGCUGCAGGAGGAUCUGGAUGUCUGCGAGCGUUGUAGCAGUCGCGAGGAUCUCAUUGUGGUGUCGCGCAGCGAUUUGCGAGCUGCCCUCGACGAGUCGUUGAUCCUGGAAUCACGGGGCCGCUCAAUCCUCGUGGACCAAAUGAAGGCAGGCAGUACGGCUUGGUUGCUCUUGCAGGCUGACCGGAACAUUCAAGAACGUUACCUCAGCGAUGUGGGACGCAAAGAUGAAGUCAAGGAGGCAAGGCAGGAGGCGGCAGACGAAGAUAUCCUCGACCGCAUCGCAGCCUAUCGUCAAUCGUGGGCGAGGUGGCUCGUGCUGGGUGGUCGACUGAUGAAACUCGACGAGAAGGGCUUGAGUGCGUGGGAGAGGAGAGAGCUGCGCGAAAGAGACGCGUGACGCGUGUAGUAUAGACUGCGAUCGGGUAUCGUUUCAAUGUAGCUCUAGGACCCUUCUCUACAGGACUUGUAAUCGAUCAUCUCACGCCCGCAGCCAGCUCUGCCACGGCUGACUAUC